UCGCUGGUUCGAGUCUGACUCCGACAGGUGGUGGAGAAACACUGCCGCCCCACCACGCCGCUUCCACUGAGACAAACUCUCUCACCCCGCGUGGAUUUCUUUUAUUUCUUUUAUUUCUUUUAUUACUUUUCAUUGAUCGAGGCGGUUUAAGUCAGGUUUGUGGACCCGGUGGACCCCCGCGUGUCAGAUGCUGCUGCCGCUGCGGGUGUGAAGCGGCUCGCGCCCCGCUAACAAACACAGGAAGACGCGUUAAACGGAUGUGUGACAGAAUGACCCUCGCUGUGUCAUCUCCUGCUCUGCUUCUGUGGACCUGACGUUUUAGCGACUCUCUCCCGCUCGCUUUGGAUUACUGAAGCGCGCUGGUUUUGUUUUUUUUAAUUCCACUUUAAGGACGUUUGGAGCGCGUGAGGGGGAGACAUGGGGACUCAGGGGACGGGACGGAAAAGAUCCACCAAGAAGGACAGGUCGACGGCGGAGGACGAUGCCCUCAAUCUCAUCGCCAGAGAGGCCGAGGCCAGGCUGGCGGCGAAGAGGGCGGCCCGGGCCGAGGCCAGGGAGAUCCGCAUGAAGGAGCUGGAGCGGCAGCAGAAAGAGCUGUCAGACGAAGAUGAGCGGAUGUCGGUGGGGAGCCGGGGCAGCGUCAGGGUGGAGGACAGAGAUUAUCUGGAGAAGGGAUCUCGUGCUGCCUCUGCCUUAACGGCGGCCACGCUCACCUCUUUAGGCGGCUCGUCGUCCAGGAGAGGGAGCGGAGAGACGGCUCUCACUGUAGACGCCGAGAGCUCCCUACGAGAAAUAAAGGAGAUUCAUGAACUCAAGGAUCAAAUCCAGGAUGUGGAAUCCAAGUAUUCGCAGAACCUAAAAGAAGUCAAGGAUGCGUUAGCACAGUCGGAGGAGAAGUACCGGAAGGCCAUGGUGUCCAACGCCCAGCUGGACAAUGAGAAGAACAACCUGAUGUACCAGGUGGACACGCUCAAAGACUCGCUGAUGGAGCUGGAGGAGCUGCUGUCCGAGUCGCGCCGCGAGUACGAGGAGAAAGCCAAGGACUACGAGCGGGAGAAGCACGCUCACGGCGUUCUUCAGUUCCAGUUCAAUGAAAUGAAAGAGACGCUAAAACAAAGCGAGGAGCUGCUAAACGACAUCCGUCAGCUGCGUAUGAAACAGGAGGGAUUCGUCAGAGAGAUCUCUGACUUGCAGGAAACAGUGGAGUGGAAGGAUAAAAAAAUCGGGGCCUUAGAGCGACAGAAAGAGUAUACAGACGCCAUCCGAAUCGAGCGCGAUGAGCUCAGAGAGGAGGUGGUGAAACUGAAGGAUAUUCUGAAGAAACACGGGAUCGUUUUGGGUCCUGACCUGAACAUCAACGGAGACGUUGGUGAAGCCGAAUCCGAGGGGACCCCCGCCACAAACCCCGCCGGCCAGCCGGCUCAGGAGCCUCUGAGCAGCCCGACGGAGGGAAACAGCAUGCUCGGCAACACAGAAGAGACUGAGUUCAGAAGUAGCAGGAAGGACGAUGUGGAUCCAGAGCAGCAGAAGGAAAUACUUGAGGAAUCCAAAGAGAAUCUCUUGAACUCUGGUGUACGCUGUGAUGGGGCAGAUGAGUCCACACUGGAAACAUCUGAGGAAAAACAUCUUCCAGAGACAGACUCGCCCAUAGAAGAAGGCAGCGUCGGGGAAGAUGGCAUCCACAAGGACUUAAUUAUUGAGCCCGUCGCAGAAAGCAAAGCUGUAACUGUUUCCAGCUCUGAGCAUCCAGACAAUGUUACAAAUCCUGAGGAAAGUCUUCCAGAAUUAGCCGUGUCUGAGGAGAGGGGUUUGAACGAGACGAGAUAUCCAGACAGUGAGGAAACAGAAAUCAAAAGUAGUGCUGAGACGCAUGAGAGUGAUUUUAUAGAGAGAUCCAACAACCUCUCUGAAGAACAAGACAAAGAGUUAGAAGACACUGAGGGAACAGGUUUGAUCAGCACAGAAGCUUCUCAGCAGCAAACAGCUGCAUGUGUUAUGAAAGAAGGUCCAGUAGAUGAAUCUUUUACAGAGUUAUUAAACACAGAACCCCAACAAGAGGUCAAGAACGCAGAGGAAGCCGAAAACGAUGCGGCAGAGGAAACCCCAAGUAACUCCAACAAAGGAAAGAAGAAGAAAAAGAAGAAGAAAGGCAAAAAGAAAGGAGUGACUCAAAACAACUCCCAGAACCAACAAAGCAGUGGAACAGAGAAGGAAAGUGACAAAACUGUAAAACAGGUAGAAUCAGGAGAAGUGAGUAAUGAGAGUAUAGUAGAGCCGCACGCCGACACUUCAGUCAGUGAAAACUUCAAGGAAUCAAACGAGAAUCCAGCUGAGAAUGAGCAGGAAACGCAACAAGAUGGAAGCACAGCCCAAGAAUCUAAUUCCCAGGAGAAAUGCCUCGAAGAAACACAACCUGAAUGUGAGAAGGAAGAGAAACAGGAAGAAAUCAAAACAUUGGAAGAAGUGGAAGCAGCACAACCCCCUGAAACUCUAAUCGACACAGGUGACCACAGCGUCUCUGAUGAACAGAAGAAGGAGCAAACUGAGGAAACGCCUAUUAUAGAAUCAGUUGAGGCAGUCGUACUCUCUGAUGUGGAAACACACAACGAGCUCAGAACAGAUUCCAGAGAGAACGAGAAAGAGGAUGAACUCAGUUGGGAAGGAGACAAAUUACAAGCUGUUGACCCAGAAGCUUCCCCCGGUGGUUCUAACAUCAACUCUAACAGUGGUGACAGCCUAAGCAAAGAGGGGACCGGUUUAGAUAGCACUGACAACGCAGAUCCAGUUCCAACCAGUACCAGCCUCAUCGAUGCUGAUUCAAACACUGUAGAUGAACUGAAGGAUGAAUCUGAGGCUGUUGAGGAAACGACGACUGAGUGCACAAAUAACAGCCUUGAAACGGGCAGCGACGAAAACGGCAAACUAGAAUCAUUGGUUUCAAAUGGAAGUGACGUUUCUGCCCCUGAAUCCGAGUCCCUGCAUGUCUCAUCGCCACCUACGACUGACGCUUUCAUGAGUUUGUCUGAGUCUGAGCUGUCUGACGCCACCAAAUCAGACAUUGAUCCUUCGAUUAAUGUUUUUGAGCAAAGUCCUGAGGAGGGAACUGAGGCCGUCACUAACAGUGAGGCGCCGGGAGCAGAGGCGGAGGAAGAGAGUGCUGCUUCUCCAAGUCAAGAUUCAGAGCUCGAGCCAGAAGAAACAGAAAUGGAGGAACUGGAUCAAGAUGUGACAGAGGCUGGAGUGUCGGACGAGACACACAGUUCCUCCUUUGAGGAGAAGAGUGAAAGUUCCCAUAGUGCACCAGUAAUCAAUCAGCUCACAGCUGCUGACACUGAAACUGCAGUGCAAAAUGAACAAUUAGAAGAAAGUGAGGGCAAGAUUCCACAACAUAUAGAUCAGACUGAGGAGACGGUUCCUGAAGAGAAGAGAGAAGAGGAUCAUAGUUUAGACUCUCAAGAGGAAGCCAGUAGGACUGAGAUCGGUACCUCGAUGGAGCAGGAGACAGCAGACGGAGAAGAUGAAAACAGUCAACAUGAUGAAAGUGAAGCGCUUCCUGAAUCUGUCCAAACCAAAAGUGAGAACAUGGACUCAUCACCGCCCACCCAGCUGGACAGCGAUGAAGAGGACGAGGAAGAUGAAGGGCAGUCCUUUGACUUUGACGAUCUGGAUGUGGAAGCAGCCGUCGCGCCCGACGUUUCCCACAAUCCUGAGGAGGAAGAGUUCGAGGAGGGAGUUGAAGCCACGUCGGAUGAAAGCAGUGAUGGAAGAUCGGGGCUGUGCCAAAGUGAUGCUCAGUCAGAUGGAAGAACGCGAGACGAACCGGCUGCAACAAAUGAAGAAACACCGACAGUGGACAGACUCAACCAGGCAGAUUCCAAAGCUCAGGAGAAGCAAAACCCUUUGGCUCACGGAGAGUCUCCGCCUGAGAAAGAGGAGAGCGUCCCCAAAGAGGGAGAACCGGGAGGGCCAGAGGGAGAGAAGGGCGACCUGGGCGCCGUUGUAGAGAACAUCAAACAAAAAAUGUCUUCACUCGUCGAGGAAGCGUUAGACGUCGUCAAGCUGGACUGGCAGAACGAAGCUCCGGCCCCAUUAGGGAGCACGGACCAAGUGACUGAGAGCAAAGAGCCGGCACAGCAGGCAGGGAGGGGCGCGAGGAAGGGCAAAGGCAAGGGCAAAGGCAAGGGCAAAGAGGACUGCAAGGUGGCUUAGUCCACAGCCUGAAGGGACCGGAGAUGUACCCGAGUCUCACUUCACUCGGUGGAGUGGAGCCUUUUACAACCAUCGUCUGUUUGUAAUGAAUGGAGAGCAAAUCAAACAUGUUACAAAACAACUCAUAGUCCAUCAAAUCUGAAUCCAUUUGGAGACCUUUGCACCUGAUAAAGAACCCCUGAUUUCGAUUUGAUGGAUUUUAAAGUGAAAUAAUUUCAGGAUGAACUUUUUCUUUACUAUUUUUCAAUUUCAUAGCAAAUUUGGAAGAUCUUCACUUUCUAUGCCAUUCAUAAAAUGGUUACAUCAUUAAAUUAUUUAUUAUAGGCACCACUUCAGAGAGGAUCAGGUGCUUAAAGGUCUGGAUAUCUACAUACUAAAGCUUGGUUUACCUGGGGUUUCUGUAUGUCUUUUUUUUUUUAAUGUGCCUUUUUUGACUAUCUGCAGAAGAAGAGUUAAAAAUCUACCAGUGUUCACAGAACUAUGACUCUUUUCCCCAAAAAGCAUCUGUCUGGGUUCAUAAAUCAUAUUUUCAUUGAAGUCAUGUGUUUAAGGGGCAGAGGAAUUGGAGUUUACUUUACUAGCAUGUUGCACUUACGAUAAUGGGUAACUUUUAUUAUGAACGCACAUUGGUCCUGCUGCUCCUUUUGUGUCACAGGUCAUUUAUGGUGUUGCUUUGCUAAAAAAAUAUUUUCGUUUUCACAUUCAGUGUCGAAAGAAAAGUGUGUAUUGGUAAUUCUCAUUGAGACUUUUGCUCAGAAAUCCUCACCUGUUGAUUCAAAACUUUAGACUUUGAAAAUCAAAAAGGAUGUGAACUUCACGUUUUCCUGAAUGUCAAAGCACAGCAAUGUAUAAAUUGAAUUUUUCAUUUUGUUACACUGAUUGGAAAAGAUUGAAAUAAAUCCCCUGCUGUUACCUAUUUCAAAAGUUGCCCAAAACGCCAUUCCUGCAGUUGUGUGACUUGUUGGUAUUGAUAUCCAACAUACUGAGCGUGAGUGAAGCUCCUCUCCACAGUGUGUGCAUGCUAACAUCCCUCCCUCCUCACACUCCGCUCCAUCGC